AUGGCCCCAUCGGACCUUCUUGAGGGGACGACGGCCGGAGAUGAGGAGGCUCGGCCGACGCCGAAGAAGCCGAAGCGGUUCCAGUGUCGGCGGUGUCAGAGGCUGUUUGCGCGGCUGGAACACUUGCAGCGCCACGAACGGACCCAUACACAGGAGAAGCCGUUUCUCUGUGAUAAAUGUGACUCUCGUUUCACUAGGAGUGAUCUUCUGAUUCGCCACGAGCGGCUUUCACAUAACAAAAAUGCCCCGAAACGGAAGUUUGCGAGAGACAAGGCUGAUUCCUCGGAUGAUGUCAAUCAAUCUCAGAAAAAUGAGAAGCGGGUGCGGAUUGCCUCUCUCAGAGACGGAGAUAGCCAAGAAGCAACAAGUGACGACCGCUCCAAUUCGCCAAAUGUAAAUCUGUCGUAUCCCAUGCCAACCUUGUCCAUGGAUACAAGCUUCCAUUCUCCAUUGGCAGCACUAUCGUUCGCCGCAGAGCAAAGCGCCUUCCAAGAUGCCUUGGCUGCGUCGUCGCCGCAGACGUUUGGAGCCACUCCUGGCAUGAACUCAGAACACUUGGAGCCCCUGGCCCAAGUUGAUGCGCUUCCAACAUCUGUAAAUACUGCAGCGCCACCAGUGGAUCCGGACUUUUCGGAGACGCUGGAUAGUCUGGCUGCUUUUCUGGAAAACGAGCCAUUGUCAUCGUACCGCUUCUCGUCGACCAUCACUGCAGAACAGCCAGUGCCAUUCUUCUCUCCCGAGUCUAUCUUGAAUUCGACGGAGAAUGAAACGCAAAAUGGCCCACAUCCCCAUCCGAUGUUCAGCAAUAUCGACGAGCCAACCUCAUUCUCACGCUUCGCAUAUCCGAACUCCGAAGGCUCACUCUGGUCAUCGACAGCGCGAGCAACACUAGGGCUGGUAUCGGAGCCCAAAGAGGACCUCAUCCAAACGGCGCAGGCUCUCCUGAUCCUGAUGGCCAUGGCAACGUGGGCCAAGCACAAAGAAAUCCUGCGCGAAGCCCUCGCCAUCCAAAGCAUCCUGGCCACGCUGGUCCGCGACGACGGCCUGAGCAGCAGCUCGCCUUACCCGUUCGACAUCAGUUGGGAGGAGUGGACGGCGCGCGAGUCGCGCACGCGCACCAAGUUCAUCGUCUUCUGCUUCUUCAACCUGCACUGCAUCGUCUACAACAUCCCGCCGCUGAUCCUCAACUCGGAGCUCAAGAUGCGUCUGCCAUCCAGCGCCGCCGAGUUCAAGGCCGCGUCGGCGGCGGAGUGGCACGAGGCCCGCAGCAGAAGAGUCCACAACAACAACACGACGACGACGAACACAACGACCCUAGACUUCCAAGACGCCCUCCGCCGCCUCUUCUCGCGCGGCGGCCGCGACGUCACCGAGCUCAACUCGUCGCUCGGCAACUACAUCCUCAUCCACGCACUAAUCCAACACAUCUUCUUCGUCCGCCAAACCGCGCGGUGCCGCUUCUCCCCCACCCCCUCUUCCCACCCCCCCUCCUCCUCCUCUCCCCCCUCGGGCGAACUCACCCCCUCCGACGUAACCUCCCUCGAGCACGCCCUCCGCAACUGGCAACACGGCUGGCAGCGCAACCCCGAAUCCUCGCUCGACCCGCUCUCCCCCAACGGGCCCGUCGCCUUCAACAGCACCGCCCUCUUACGUCUCGCGUACAUCCGCCUGAACAUGGACACGGGUCCCGGGCGGGCGCUGGACACGCGGGACCCGAUCGCGGUGGCGCGGGCGCUGCGCGAGUGGUCUCCGCGGCGGUUGCGGCGCUCGCCGAAGCUGGUGCGCGCGGUGCUGCAUUCGGCGCACGCGCUGAGCAUACCGGUCAAGAUUGGGAUAAGGUUGGUUGCGCGGACGCAGACGUUUGUGUGGAGUAUUCAGCAUAGUUUGUGUUCGCUCGAGUGUGCUUUUCUGCUGAGUAAGUGGUUGGAGGCGAUUGCGGAUGCGGCUGCUGCGGCCACGGCGACGGCGGGAGGUGGUGCUGGGGGGGAGGGGGACCAGCCGCCGAUCUCGGAUGAUGAGAGGAGGAUAGUGGCGCUGGUGAAGAUGCUGCUGGAUGAGACGGAGUUCGCGGUGCCGGUGACGGCGGGGUGCGAGAUGGGGAGUGCGGAGAUGACGAGGAGGUUGAAUGCGGGCGUGUUGAGGGUGUGGGCGACGAUUUUUAGGGGCGCGCAGACGUGGGCGUUGGUCGAUGUUAUUGGGAGCUCGUUGAAUAUAUAUGCGGAUAUGCUGGAGCUGGGAUGA